UUGUUAACCAGACAAGACUGACGUUUGGCCUGGGUAACGUGAACGUUAGUCAUAUAAAGAUUAACGUUGCGUUUGGUUCGUAUUUUAAACCCAUUUAAUGGUUGCUGUUGCGUAAAUAUUGUAUUUUUUUGUUUAGGUUGUUAAUUCUCUUGAAGUUUUGUCAAGGUUUUAUGUUAAUUUGGCUGACUUUGCUAAUGUGGACAGCACAUCUAUGCCAGCUAUCCCCAGCGUUAGUUUCUGGGCUGCAGAAGGAAGACUUUACGGUUAACAUAAACUUGAUUGAUGUUAUGAUUAGCUAGAAGUAACAGAAAUUAAAAGGCUACAACUGCACGAAUGAAUGCUCAUGUUAAGGGUAACGGUAACCUCGGGGUUGCAACCUAAAUGGCUGUGCUGUGAGGUUGCUUGACCGUGUCAAUUUACCCAACUUUGGCAGUAACUGGAAAUAUUGACUUUGCAUGGAAAUAGAAUAGGAAAUUAUUUUUUCUACACCUUUAUUCCCCUUAUGUUGAAGUCUGUCGGGAAAACCAAGACUGAAAACCCAGCAGGCCUAGCUUGGAAGUGAGCAUAGUUGGUAAAGCUGCGUGAAGAUAUGAGUUCGGCUCAUGAAAACGACGAGAACCUCGGGGUCCACCCUGCAGGCAACCACAGCAUAUCGGAGGAUACUUGCGACAUCUUCAAUCUAGAGCAGCCAACCGGCAGGCCUUCCAUUCUACGUCAGUCCCAAUUUGAGAACCUCUCCAAUAAGACUGUCCCCAAGGGAGUGAAGGUUUGUUUUCAAACUCCAAGAAGAGAUCCUGUCACCAAGAGAGUUCUAGUAUCACCUACUAAGAAUAUUAAGAUGAGCAGCUUGGAUGCGUGCAUAAAUACCCUGGAAUCUCUAAAGCUGACGUCCUCUGAUGGGUCCAUGCUUGAGGAGAGCAUUGGAGAUGGGUUGGUUUUGCCAAGUUCAGAUACUGGAGGCUAUCCAGACGAUGACAUGCCCAUUCAAAGCAAAGGAGGCUAUCAGCUGGACUUUGACGACCUGGAUGCCAUGAAUCCCUUCCAAGGCUCAAGUAAGAUGACCUUCUCUCCUGGUCAGCCUUGUCUGGGAGCCACUGCUGUCAGAUCCACAUUAAAUAGUGAGCCCGAAGCUGUCAAAACCACCUCCAUCUCUGCCCCCGAAUCAGAGCUAGUUCUGGAAAAGCCAGUCGAAACCAACUCCAUCUCUGCCCCCGAAUCAGAGAUAGUUCUGGAAAAGCCUGUCAAAACCACCUCCAUCUCUGACCCCGAAUCAGAGAUAGUUCUGGAAAAGCCAGUCAAAACCACCUCCAUCUCUGACCCCGAAUCAGAGAUAGUUCUGGAAAAGCCAGUCGAAACCAACUCCAUCUCUGACCCCGAAUCAGAGAUAGUUCUGGAAAAGCCAGUCGAAACCAACUCCAUCUCUGACCCCGAAUCAGAGAUAGUUCUGGAAAAGCCCAUUGAAACCACCUCCAUCUCUGCCCCCGAAUCAGAGAUAGUUCUGGAAAAGCCCGUUGAAACCACCUCCAUCUCUGCCUCCGAAUCAGAGAUAGUUCUGGAAAAGCCUGUUGAAACCACCUCCAUCUCUGCCUCCGAAUCAGAGAUAGUUCUGGAAAAGCCCGUUGAAACCACCUCCAUCUCCGCCCUUGAAUCAGAGAUAGUUCUGGAAAAGCCCGCCAACCCUGACUCAGCCUUGGAUGAAACACUCCCUUUCCUUGAUGCACUUGAGGAUUCUGUUGCAGACACCUCUACAAAUAUAUGCUCCACAGACAGCCCCGUGAUCAUUGAUCCGAGAAAGCUUGUAACCUCUCUGACCGAUCAGAGCCUGGAUGACACAGAGGAGCUUCCCAAAGCACUUUGCCCAGUGGUUCCAGAACCACAAACCAAUCCUGACCCACUUCCUGCCAGCGAACCUGUGGCGGACACCCCGCUGGCAGCCAGCGGCACUUACUCAAUUGAUUUUGACAACCUGCACUCGGUUAAUCCUUUCCAGACUGGUGGCCCUAAAAUGUGCAACUCUCCUGCACCGGACAGGAAGGUAGAGCCUAUAAGGUCCUCGCCACCAAAACAAGACGCCCCAGAGCAGAAGAAUGUGGAAAGCAAAUCACUGAUCGUGGAGUCUGCCACAGAAGCACCUGCGCCAACAGAAGUCAAACCUGCCGUUGUCGAGGAAACUCCCACUUCCAAGGAGACGUCAGAGGCUCAGCCGACCCCUGCUGCUGCUGACGAUGAACCAGUGACACUGCUGGAGUUUAACUUUGACGACGGUGCCAAAGUCAAAAGCAAACCACCCUUCAAAAGGCUGGGCAAGAAACCACCAGGUUCCAAGGCAUCUGAAAAGAAGGCCGUGCCAACGGAGAAGAAAAAAUCUGCGCCCCGACCCGUGGAGCCUGAACCUGCUCCCAAGAAGGAACCACAGGAUGGCGCACCAACGGAAGCCCCACUUCCUAAAAGCUCUUACAUGCUAGACUUUGACAAGUUGGAUGAUCCCAAUUUCAACCCGUUUGGCACUAAGGCAAAUAUGGCCAGCUCUCCUGCCCCUGGUGGACAGAAGCCCAUUCCAGAGCAGAAGGGAACUCCUGAGCCUGUUUGUAUGCCCUCUGCCACUCCUGUGGCAAAGGUCCAACCCCUUCAGAGUGGUCCCGAAGUACAGCCAAGUAAUGGCAUCUCUAGCACUGAGAAUGCAGUCUCAAAAAUGGAGGACGCAAAUGAGGCCAUUGCUGCUCACCAGCCUGAGGUGAUUCAGCCUCCUGCACCUGUGACCUGUGCUCCACCGAGUCCCCCAAAACAUGAUCAGACCACGACGGUGUACCCUGAGCCCACAGAACUAGACCAGCUACAGCAGAAUCCCAACUUCAACGCAAUGAGACAGGACUGGACGGGACAGGAGGAAGUGUUUGUGCCAGGAACCACAUUCAUGGCUGGUGAUUUUGAAGGAGAGAUGGAUUAUCUAGAGCAAUUUGGAUCAAGCACUUUUCAGGAGUCUGCGCUCCGUAAACAGUCCCUGUACCUCAAGUUUGACCCCCUCCUGAGAGAGAGUCCCAAGAAGGGGGCAGCUGCCAACACUGGGGGCUUCAGCCUGCCUCGUCCCUCCCUUGCAAUCAGAUUGGAUGCCCAGAGGCGUGCUGAGAUAAAGUCUUCACAAAGUGGACAAGCAGACAACAUGAAGUUUCUGGAUGACUUUUCAGCUCCUGCUGUGUGUAACAUGACCCAAGACCCUGCUGUGUUUGACCUGUUGGUUCCUUCAUUCAAGCAGUCUUUGAAGAAUGAUGGUGCCAUCAUUGAUGUCCUGCAGUAUAGCCAGAAAGACAUGGAUGCUGCCCUAGCUCAAGCACAAGAGAAGGCUGAGAAGAAAGGGAACGAAUGGAAGGCCAAAUGUGAUGCACUAGUCCAGGAAAAACAGCAGCUGGGGGUUGUCCUUGCGGAGUUUGACAACACGUACGCACAAAUCACUGCUGAGCGGAAGAAGGAGAAGCAGGCUGCUAAGGAGGAACUGAAGAAAGUCCUGGAGGACAAGGAGCAGGCCCUCAUCGACCUCAACUCAAUGGAGAGAUCUUUCUCUGACCUCUUCAAACGUCUAGAGAAGCAUAAAGAGAUCAUUGAGGGUUACAAGAAGAAUGAAGAGACUCUGAAGAUGUGUGCUCAGGAUUACAUGGCCCGUAUCAAAAAGGAAGAGCAGCGAUACAAGUCCCUCAAGGCCCACGCUGAAGAAAAGAUCACCCUGGCAAAUGGUGAGAUAGCCGAGGUGAGGAGCAAACACAGGUCGGAGGUUUCAGCCUUGCAGAUCCAGCUGAAGAGAGAGCAGCUCAAAGUGCAGUCACUGGAGAAGAGUCUGGACCAGAAGGUCAAAGAGACUGAGGAGUUGACCAAACUUUGUGAUGAGCUGAUUGUAAAUGUUCAGAAAAACUAAUCUUAUUGUUUUCCCUACUUUUGUCUGUCCAUUUCAGUGUUUUUUCUGUCCUCUUAUAGUUAAUUAAUAAAACUGAAUUUUAGAAAUCAA